ACAUCGCAUCGUAGUUACAAUUGAAGCGCGAACCAUGUCAGAACACAAGCAAAUAUUCACCGAGAUACUGAACAAGAUAGUGGCCGAGCGGGCGAUCGUCGCUCCUCGAGUGAAGAUACAGCCCAUCAGCAGCGGCGGAGCCAACUUCACCACCCAGCUGUUCAAGGCGACCAUCAGCCACGGAGACAAUGAGCUGAAACUGUUCGCGAAAGUGGCAGCCGUCGGAGACAAAUUCAGAAACCAAAUUGAAGGUUUCCGAAUGUUUGAAACAGAAAACGAUUUUUACACCAAACUUAUGAAAAUAUACGAAAACCUUCAAGAGAAGCACAAUGUGCCGCAGGACAAGCGGUUUGUAGCGCCGAAGUGUUACGGAUGCAGCAGCAAGCUGUAUGAAGAAGUGCUCGUGUUGGAGGACUUGUCGGCACAAGGGUUCACAGUGUACGACAGGAUGAAGUCGGUGGAUUGGGACUACGCCUCCAAGGCUGUGGAGGAAAUCGCUAAGUUUCACGCUCUGUCUGUCGCAUUUGAGAAAGAAAACAAGGAAGAAUUUAAUGAAUAUGUGGGAACUUUAACAUUCUCAUUGGAUAAAGAGACUACAAAACAUUUCACCGAUAUCAUUAACAAGGGAGUUAAUUUGAUUAAGGAAGAAAAUAGAAGUAGAGUAGAAGCAUUCAUAGCAUCCGUUGGGAGGUUGGAUGACGAUGAUAUGUUUAAACCGGUGAAACUAAACGUACUGGCACAUUGCGACAACAGAGUCAGCAACCAAAUGUACAGGGGUAAACGAGACCAUCCUGGAAGCGUCACCGACCAUCGAUCUGGUGUACUUUUUCUUCUCGGCACCGACAAGAAGUUCCGCGACCAGUACUACGAACAGCUCCUGGACCACUACUACAAGGAGCUCAGCCUAGCCAUGAAGAGGCUGGCUCUCAACCCUGAUGAGAUCUAUCCGAGGGAGGACUUCGACUUUGAAUACAAAACGAAACUUCCACUCGGGUUGACCCUGGCGAUGAUGACGUUGCCGUUGAUCACUGUAGACGAGAAGAACGCCCCGAAUGUGGACAAGGACUUGGGCAUGGAUAACUUUGUGGUGAACAACACGAGCGACAUCCUCCGCGAGAGAAUCAACGGAGUUGUCGACGACUUUGUACGCUGGGGACUUGUGUAAAAAUGUUCCUUUAACCAGGAUCGCCAGAUGUUACCCGUGACGCUAGGUGGAUAUAGACGCUAGGAAUUAGAACACGUAUUUUUUUCGACAAUUUUACUACAGGUAAUUGUACGAUGUUUUGCCUGAAUAUCGUAAUUUUUUAAAGAUAUUAUAUCGUCCUAAUGAUAAUGAUACGAUUCAAACCUUCCAAUUUAAUCGAGUCCUUUUGGCUUAAAGUCAAGUCUAUAUUUAGCUAUGCGUACUGUUCGCAAGUUAGCUGAGGAUAUGGGUAAUACUUAUCCAGAAACAUCCUUAGUCGCAGCAUCUAAAAUGUACAUGGAUGAUUUAGUACAUUCGGAACCUGAUGAUGCUAAUGCAAUUAGCCUUGCUUAUUAAUGAAUAUCUUUGUUUAUUUAAAAUAAUAGACAAUCGUUGUACAGUUAAUGUUUAUUACGAUAAAUCGGCAUAACUAGUCCGCUGUCUUGGGCAGUCCGCCAUAUUGCAUUUAGAGUAAUGUCGUGUUAUUUUUUAUAUUCAUCUCGGCAAACUGUUUUAUUUGAUGCCAAUAUCAUGGGCUUGUACAAAAAAUAACUGGCCUCCAAAAAAA